GAGAGGAGGAGAAGAGAAGAAAGGAUCAGAUUUGACUCAUCAAAGAGAAAGACCAGAUUCGGAGAAACCAGAGACGUCCAAACCGGCAAAACAACACGACUGUUCCCGCUGUGGAAAGAGUUUUACAGAGUUAGGCAACAUGAAAAGGCAUGAAAGGACACACACAGGUGAGAAGCCUCAUCAAUGCUCUCACUGUGGAAAGACUUUUACUGAGUUAUGGAGCCUGAAAACACAUGAGAGAUUACACACAGGGGAAAAGCCUUACCACUGCUCCCAGUGUGGAAAGAAUUUUACCCGGUCAGGGCACAUGAAAGAACAUAAGAGAAUGCACACAUUGGAGAAGCCUUACCUCUGUUCCCAGUGUGGAAAGAGUUUUACCCACUUAUGUAACCUGAAAACACAUGAGAGGUUACACACCGGGGAGAAGGAUUAUGAAUGCUCUCCGUGUGGGUUGAGGUUUACCACUUUAGGGUACCUGAAAUCACAUGAGCGAACACACACAAGAGAGAAGCCUUUCCACUGCUCACAGUGCAGAGAAAUUUUCACCCAGUUAGGGAGCCUGAAAAGGCAUGAAAGGACACACACAGUUGAGAAGCCUCAUCAUUGCACUCACUGUGGGAAGACUUUUACCCAGUUAGGGAGCCUGAAAAGACAUGAGAGAAUACACACAGGAGAAAAGCCUCAUCAUUGCACUGACUGUGGGAAGACGUUUACCCAGUUAGGGGGCCUGAAAAUGCAUGAGAGAAUACACACAGGGGAGAAGCCUUACUGCUGCCCCCAGUGUGGAAAGAGUUUUACCCGGUCAGAGCACAUGAAAGAACAUAAGAGAACACACACAGGGGAGAAGCCUUAUUGCUGCUUCCAGUGUGGAAAGAGUUUUACCUACUUAUGUAACCUGAAAACACACGAGAGAAUACACACAGGGGAGAAGCCUUACCGCUGCUCCCAGUGUGGAAAGGGUUUUAACCAGUUAGGGGUCCUGAAACGGCAUGAGAGAAAACACACAGGAGAUAAGGAUGUAGGAUGUUGAACUGUAGAACAUUGGAUGGAUAUAGGACAGAUAUAGCCUCUGAACAGUAGGAUAUAGGACAGAUAUAGCCUCUGAACAGUAGGAUAUAGGACAGAUAUAGCCUCUGAACAGUAGGAUGAAGGACAGGUGAUGGCUGAACAGUAGGAUAUAGGACAGAUAUAGCCUCUGAACAGUAGGAUAUAGGACAGAUGCUGGAUGAACAGUAGGAUAUAGGACAGAUAUAGCCUCUGAACAGUAGGAUAUAGGACAGAUAUAGCCUCUGAACAGUAGGAUAUAGGACAGAUAUAGCCUCUGAACAGUAGGAUAUAGGACAGAUAUAGCCUCUGAACAGUAGGAUAUAGGACAGAUAUAGCCUCUGAACAGUAGGAUAUAGGACAGAUAUAGCCUCUGAACAGUAGGAUAUAGGACAGAUAUAGCCUCUGAACAGUGUAUUUUCCAUACUGCAUGUAUUAUAGUGGAUUUGUUUGCUGACUUCACAAAAUAAAUUUCCAUGUAAAUGGGCUAAGUCUAAAUGUCGAUGUAAAUGGGCUAGGUCUAAAUGUCGAUGUAAAUGGGCUAAGUCUAAAUGUCGAUGUAAAUGAACUAAGUCUAAAUGGGCUAGGUCUAAAUGUCGGUGUAAAUGGGCUAAGUCUAAAUGUCGAUGUAAAUUGGCUAAGUCUACUGUAUUUUGUAUAUCGUACUUUGCUCUCAUUUUGAGAGAAAUCAAAUCCAGUUCGAUUCCCAACUCAGUAACUCAGAUCAGCUUUAAUAUUGAACAUAGAUUGUAACUCAGGCCUUGGGGAAGUUCUGCUUUAAUAUUGAACAUAGAUUGUAACUCAGGCCUUGGGGAAGUUCUGCUUUAAUAUUGAACAUAGAUUGUAACUCAGGCCUUGGGGAAGUUCAGCUUUAAUAUUGAACAUAGAUUGUAACUCAGGCCUUGGGGAAGUUCUGCUUUAAUAUUGAACAUAGAUUGUAACUCAGGCCUUGGGGAAGUUCUGCUUUAAUAUUGAACAUAGAUUGUAACUCAGGCCUUGGGGAAGUUCUGCUUUAAUAUUGAACAUAGAUUGUAACUCAGGCCUUGGGGAAGUUCUGCUUUAAUAUUGAAUAUAGAUUGUUGAUUCCAUCAAUGUAAUUGUCUGCAUCAUUUCCAAUUUUGUAAAUUAACAAAAAUAUAAAGACAAAAUGCAUUAA